GUGCCUCUGUUUCCGGCUAGAUUUGCUGUCUUCACGCCCUCCUUCGACAUGUCUGAGACUGCGCCUGCCGCGCCUGCUGCUCCGGCCCCAGCGGAGAAGACGCCAGUCAAGAAGAAGGCUCGUAAGGCUGCAGGUGCCACGAAGCGCAAGGCGUCCGGGCCCCCAGUGUCCGAGCUCAUUACCAAGGCCGUCGCCGCCUCUAAGGAGCGUAGCGGCGUGUCCCUCGCUGCGCUCAAGAAGGCGCUGGCGGCCGCCGGCUACGAUGUGGAGAAGAACAACAGCCGCAUCAAGCUGGGGCUCAAGAGCCUGGUGAGCAAAGGUACCCUGGUACAAACCAAGGGCACCGGCGCCUCCGGCUCUUUCAAACUCAACAAGAAAGCGGCCUCUGGGGAAGCCAAACCCAAGGCUAGGAAGUCGUCGGGUGCAGCGAAGCCCAAAAAGCCAACAGGAGCCGCUAAGAAGGCAAAAAAGGCUUCGGGGACGUCUACCCCCAAAAAGAGCGCAAAGAGGACUCCAAAGAAAACGAAGAAGCCUGCAGCAGCAGCUGGAGCCAAAAAGGCUAAAAGCCCGAAGAAGGCAAAAGCGGCCAAACCCAAGAAGGCGCCCAAGAGUCCGGCGAAGGCCAAAGCUGUACGGCCUAAGGCGGCAAAACCCAAGGCCGCUAAGCCUAAAGCAGCUAAACCAAAGAAGGCGGCAGCCAAGAAGAAAUAAGCGGUUUCUUUGGACAGCUGCUUAGGCUCCACAACCCAAAGGCUCUUUUCAGAGCCACCCCACUAAUCUCAAAGGGGAGCUGUUGCACAUUUCAGGGAGGGCGUGGCUUUUAGUAAAAGCACGUAGUCAGGGGCCAACUUUUUUUAGUUAGGUUGGGGGUGGAAUGUGUACAAGAAAUUUGUUAAAAUUAUGUACACUGGAAUAUUUGGAGCGAAAGGGUUUUUGUAAUAGCGACUACAAACUCGCACAUAAUAAGAUACACUCGCACACAUUUAGUUGCAUGGACAUCGCGCCAGCCAAUACGAAGAGCAGUAGGGGUUUAGCCCCACCUACAAGCCUAAAACUGCUGUAUGCUCUUCUGGGCAGCAUUUAAAGGCACAGACCAAUUUAUAUAGUAGCCUUUGGUAGUCUCCCCUUCCCCUUCUGAUUGGAUCACGCAAAUGGUAAAUUGGCCAAUGAACGGGUAGCCUUGCAAGUGUUUUUUAUGCUUCUCAUUUGUGGGUUUGUGACGACAGGGUAAAAUUAAUCCAAUCCUGAGCGUAACUUUACCAGCCUCAUUUGAAUACCGUAUCUAUAAAUAAAUGUGACCUUGUGGCGGAUUUUAAAUGUUAUUAAUGUAGGUGUGUCAUUUUAGUUACAAUUCCUGAGUCUACCAAAUCUGCUCCUUCCCUGAAGAAGGGCUCCAAGAAGGGCUCCAAGAAAGCCGUGACUUAGACGCAGAAGGAUGGCAAGAAGCUCAGGGAGAGCUACUCCGUCUACGUC